UCACUCCAAAAACUUUCCUAAACAAACAUAAUCAACUCAUCACAUUCAAAUUAACCAUGUACACUUCAUUCAAGUCCAAUUCCCAAAACCCUAAGCACCAUCAUGAUCACCAUGAAACAACGCCCAACAAGAAAUUCAGCGAGAUAUCUCACUUCGGCCACAAACAACACAAGUUAACGUUCGACUACUCCGAAUCCCCCUUCCAAUGUGACGGCUGCAAGGAACUAGGCAUAGGCUCACGCUAUAGCUGCUCCCUCUGCGACUUCGACCUCCACACUCACUGUUCCAUUCCUUCUCCUUCACUCUUCCACCCUUUCUACCCCAAAUGCUCCUUCCACUUCCUCUCUCACCCUCCCGGCAACACUCCCCGCUAUUGCAACGCCUGCCAGAAGCCCGUUAAGGGUUUCCUCUUCCACUGCUUUUCUUGUGGUUUCGACCUCCAUCCUUGUUGUGCCAAACUGCCGACAGUUAUUGGCAGUGACGACAAUAAGGAUGAUAGCGACAAAAAUGAGGUGAGACUACUUUUGUACCGGACGGUGAGGUCGGCAUGUCACCGGUGCGGGCAGAAGGGGCGGGGGUGGAGCUACAGGUCGUCAUGCAAGAGGUAUAACUUGCAUGUGGCGUGUGUGAGGGAGUUGGUGGUGGAGAGUUGGCAUGAGGGUGGGGGAUUGAAGACUUUGGUUGAGAGUGGUUGCCACAAGGGAAGAGGGGGGAAAGGUGGUAGGGUGAGGAGGUGCUGUGAGGUGGCCGGAGUAGCCGUGCAGGUGGCGGUGUCGGCGGUGCUUGGUGAUCCCACCGCUCUUAUCGCCGGCAUCGUCGGAUCGUUGGUCUCGCGAGCUUGACAUUUGGAAGGAGAAAUUGUUAUACGGUCUGCUAUACCAUAUCAUCUUGUUUUACAUGUGAUAUAUUAUAUAUUAAAUCUUUGGAUUUGUGUAAAUUCAAAAAGAAAUGUUAUUUGUAAAUAUCGUUGAGAUGGAUUACGUUGUGCUCAACCAUACAAUAAUUUCUUGAUUCCCUGGAAA